CUCGUCGUCUUCCUCGCCCCGCCCCGACGCGAGCUGCUUGCUGUGCUUCCCUCUCUGCGUGCGCUACCAGCCAAGCACAGGUGCUGCUGAUCCAUCUCCCGCCAGCCCGCGCGCUUCCUCCCCUUCCCUUCCCCCAAAACUUUUGCUCCCCCCACCGACAUCCCCAGAUCCCGAGGCCCCGACACAAGAUUUUGCUUAAUGCUACUUUAUGUGUGUGUGGAUAAUGGAGUAAUCCCUGCUCUGUGUAUCUGAGCUCACACCAUGGGUAGCAGUGGAGCUGACGCACCAACUAAGACAACGAAGGCAUCUGCACCUCAGGAGCAACAACCACCUGCCAGUUCAACUGCUGCAACACCGGCUGUUUACCCAGAUUGGGCCAACUUUCAGGGAUAUCCUCCAAUUCCACCACAUGGGUUCUUCCCAUCACCUGUGGCAUCAAGCCCACAGGGUCAUCCUUACAUGUGGGGAGCUCAGCCUAUGAUACCACCAUAUGGAACCCCCCCACCACCAUAUGUCAUGUAUCCUCCAGGAGUAUAUGCUCACCCAUCUAUGCCUCUGGGUACACACCCAUUUACUCCUUAUGCCAUGACCUCUCCAAAUGGCAAUACUGAUCCUACUGGAACUACAACUGCUACUGCUGGUGGCGAAACAGAUGGCAAAUCCUCUGAAGGAAAAGAAAAAAGUCCCAUUAAAAGAUCUAAAGGAAGUUUAGGUAGCUUGAACAUGAUUACAGGGAAGAACUCUGCUGAACAUGGUAAAACCUCUGGGGCAUCUGCCAAUGGAGCCAUUUCUCAAAGUGGGGAAAGUGGGAGUGAUAGUUCUAGUGAAGGAAGUGAAGCAAAUUCUCAGAAUGAUUCACAUCACAAGGAAAGUGGACAAGAGCAAGAUGGAGAGGUUCGAAGUUCCCAGAAUGGUGUAUCACGUUCGCCAUCCCAGGCAAAGUUGAAUCAAACUAUGGCAAUCAUGCCAAUGCCAUCAGGUGGCCCAGUUCCUGCUCCAACUACAAACUUGAACAUAGGAAUGGACUACUGGGCCAACACAGCAAGCUCCACUCCAGCAAUGACUGGUAAAGCAACUUCAGCUGCAGCUCCAGGAUCUAUGGUUCCAGGAGAGCAGUGGAUGCAGGAUGAACGUGAACUCAAAAGGCAGAGAAGAAAGCAAUCAAACAGGGAGUCUGCUCGCAGAUCUAGGUUACGUAAGCAGGCUGAAUGUGAAGAGUUGGCUCAACGGGCUGAAGUUUUAAAGCAAGAAAAUGCUUCACUUAGAGAUGAAGUGAAUCGGAUCAGAAAGGAGUAUGAUGAGCUUCUAUCAAAAAAUAGCUCAUUAAAGGAAAAACUUGGAGACAAACAACACAAAACUGAUGAUGCAGGAGUUGACAAUAAACUGCAACAUUCUGGUGAUGACAGCCAGAAAAAAGGGAACUAAUUAAGCUAUCGUGCAAUGCUCCUGAGCAUAGCCCUAACUAGAUUUGGCAGGCGUAAUUGUAGUAUGCGUAUUAACUUCAUACUUAUUGCAGUUAAUUGUUACCAGGUUGUUAUAAUGUUAAUGCCAACUUUGUGUGGCUGGUUCCUGUUUCAGAUCUGUCUUGGCUUAUCUUUUAGAAGUCAAGAUAUGACUGGCAAUGUAGGUCGUGACCCAGUUCACUGUAUCUGUUAGAAAUAGUUUAUAAACUCAUGUUUACGAAUCUGUAUUGUUGACUACUAUUGUUAUGUACACCUGAAGAUACCUGUAUUUUAUAUAAUGCAGUCAGGUUGAA